GUUUCAGAUUCCAUCAUCCCACUCUAAAUCAUGUCUUCAAUCGCUCGGAAUUCUUCCUCGCCCACUAUCGCUGAAGAAAACCUAGAAAGAAUUUUGUGUAGUCUUGCCAUUUUCGUAACCCUGUCGAAUAUUGAAGCUUCAUAAGAGUCACAUAACGAUCAGUGUGGUGGGAUGGACGCACUCUAAUUAUUUUAACCAUCAUAUGGAGGUUCUACCGACUAGCAAGCAGUAACUGCAGGCCUUAAAAUGCUAGUUGGGUUUUGAAAGCUGAAUAAGUAAAAUUCAUGCACGACUCCGGGAGAUUCUUGGAUAUUCUGAAUGAUGCCCCGCUAGCUGCACAUCGGAAGCCUACCAAAAUCUAUGGGAGUAUAGUCUAUUGUUUUCUAUUGGCAAGUUAUGCUAUUGUAGGGGUAGGAGCCCCAUGGAUUUUUCAACCUCUUGAAGCCUGGAUCUCACCACUUCUUUGCAGCUGCAAUGUUAUUCUUCUACUGAUCACAGGAAUAUUUCAACAAUAUCUGGUGUACCAAGUACAGAAAAUACGAUUGCAGGGUUACUACAUGCUUAGCCAGAAGUUGAAACAUAUUGUUCGUCUACCGUUCGCCACAAAUUCUUAUGGGACUGCUGGGAUGCUGCUUCUAGUUGUUUGGGAACCCAAAAUCAGCUUUUUGUCUGCCUCUGCAUUACUUAGGAUAGUGAUGCUGAUUGAAGUAGUAAUUGCUGGCUCUUUCAUGACUGCCUACAUAGGUUACGUUCACCAAUAUAAUUCAUUGAAUUCUCAGCCAGAUGUAUUGAAAUCACUUUACUCUCCACUUCAACCAUCAAGCUCUUUGGAAGGUUUAAGGUAUCAUGAUGGAAGGCUUUCUGAUCAGCAAAUGGCAUUACUGCAGUAUCAGCGAGAAAACAUUCAUUUUCUUUGUGAGGAGAUUCUGCGGCUGCAGGAAUGUUUGAGCAAAUAUGAAAGAUCUAAUGAUGGGAGUACUCCUCAGGCUGACCUAGCCCAUCUUUUGGCAGCUCGUGAUCAAGAACUUCGAACACUUUCUGCUGAGAUGGAUCAACUGCAAUCUGAAUUACAACUUGCUCGAUCCUUAAUUGCUGAGAGGGAUGUUGAGAUUCUCCGUGUUCGUAACACAAACAAUCAGUACACUGAAGAGAACGAGCGUUUAAGGGCAAUUCUAGGUGAAUGGAGUACUCGAGCAGCAAAGCUUGAACGUGUAUUGGAGUAUGAAAGAAUGUCAAAUCUAGAUUUGCAGAAGAGAGUUGUCACACUUAGGAACCAGUUAAGUGAAUUUUCUCAACAAAAUCAGCAGCAUUAAGCUCGAUGGCUACAUAUGUAGAGCUUUGUAAAUGGUUUGUGUUUUUUCUUAUAUAGGUACAUAGAUUUAGAUAGAUGGACCAUUUCGAAGUUUCCUCUCAUUAUCAAGUGCAAAAUGUAUAGAUUAGCUGGUGGCCAAAGCCUCAAUGUACUGUCUGGUAUUCAGUAAUGUGUAAUGUGUAAUGUGUAAUGUGUAAUGUGUAAUGUAUUUGGAAUUAGAACAUGAUAGUGCAUAGGAGAAGUUAUUCCCCUUUAAAUUUGUGCAGAAUGAUAGAGAUGAUAGCAAUCCGGCUAGGCGGGCUGAUGAGUUGGGUCGUUCUGAGUCUAAUCUUGGCCCAAACAAGGCUAGUGCUACUCUCUUAGUGGGUUGGGCUCAUGUUAGCUAGUCCUAGUGUGUAUAUGCAUUUAAAUUACGGAGUAUUUAUUUACAAAUAGUAACUACAAUUUGUUUUUUACUGUUGUUUUACUGUAUUAUAACUAACUGGGAGCGUAAUUAAACUGUGUAAGUGAUCUUGUA